AUGUCCUCCCACCUGAACCCACCCCUCCUCGUCCUCCCAAUCUUCUCACUGCUCCUCUCCUUUUCCAUGCCCUCCACCUCCACUCUCUCGUCCUCCUCCUCCCCUCUCCUCUCCUUCUCCCCACCUGAAGGAGGUCUCACACAUUUGGUGGUGCACAACAAAACCGGCGAGGUCUACCUGGGCGCUGUAAACUGGAUCUACAAGCUGUCCAGCAACCUCACCAAGUUACGAAACCAUGUCACAGGCCCUGUGACUGACAACCCUCGCUGUUACCCUCCACCUGGUGUGCAGUCCUGUCCCCAUGAGCUGGUGCAAACCUCUAAUGUCAAUAAACUGCUGCUACUUGAUGCUGCCCAUAACCGCUUAAUUGCCUGUGGGAGUACUUCCCAGGGAAUAUGCCAAUUCCUGCGUCUGGAUGACUUAUUUAAGCUCGGUGAGCCUCACCAUCGUAAAGAGCAUUAUCUAUCCAGUGUUGCUGAAGCAGGCACAAUGUCAGGUGUCGUGAUCUCGCCGAAUAUCUUUGGUGAGGGUGGAAAACUAUUCGUCGGCACUCCCAUCGACGGGAAAUCUGAGUACUUCCCAACCCUGUCCAGCCGCAAGUUAAUGUCCAAUGAGGAGAACGCAGACAUGUUCAGCUUCGUCUACCAGGAUGAGUUUGUUUCCUCGCAGCUCAAGAUUCCCUCAGACACGCUGUCCAAGUUCCCAGCGUUUGACAUCUACUACAUCUACGGCUUCAACAGUGAGCAGUUUGUGUAUUAUCUCACCUUACAGCUUGACACCCAGCUCACCUCGCCGGAUGCAAGCAGCGAACAGUUCUUCACCUCUAAAAUUGUUCGCCUGUGUGUUGACGAUCCGAAGUUCUACUCCUAUGUUGAGUUCCCCAUCGGCUGCACCAAGGACGGAGUGGAAUACCGCUUGGUUCAGGAUGCUUAUUUAGCCCGACCAGGGGCACACUUGGCACGUUCGCUCGGUAUUGAAGAACACGAAGAGGUUCUGUUUACUGUAUUUGCCCAGGGUCAGAAGAACCGAGCCAAACCACCCAAGGAGACUGCUUUGUGUCUGUUCACGAUGAGACGGAUAAAGGAGAAGAUUAAAGAGAGGAUUCAGUCGUGCUACAGAGGAGAAGGGAAACUCUCCCUGCCCUGGCUUCUAAACAAAGAACUGGCCUGCAUCAACUCGCCUCUGCAGAUAGACGAUAACUUCUGCGGCCAGGACUUCAACCAGCCUUUAGGGGGCACCACAGCCAUCGAGGGGAUCCCUCUUUACGUGGACAAGGACGACGGCAUGACCUCCGUGGCGGCCUAUGACUACCGCGGACACACUGUGGCGUUCACAGGCACUCGCAGCGGACACAUAAAGAAGAUCCUUGUGAACUCCAUUACCCAGCCUGCCUUGCUUUAUGAGAAUGUGGUGGUGAGCGAUGGAAGCCCCCUUCUUAGAGAUCUUCUUUUCGGGCCGGAACACCAGUACUUAUACACCCUCAACGAUAAACAGGUUACACGUGUACCAGUGGAGAGCUGUGAGCAGUACACCUCCUGUGGAGCCUGUCUGGGAUCAGGAGACCCUCACUGUGGCUGGUGUGUGCUGCAUAAUGUAUGCUCGAGGAAGGACAUCUGUGAGCGAGCGGACGAACCUCAGCGUUUCACCACCAGAGUGGAGCAGUGCGUCCGGCUCUCCGUCCAACCUGACACCAUCUCUGUCACCAUGUCCGAAGUGCAGUUGGUGCUGCAGACGCAGAAUGUGCCCAGUCUGUCUGCUGGAGUGAACUGCUCCUUCGAGGACUACAUAGAGACGGAGGGACGCAUCUAUGGUGGACGCAUCUUCUGCCUGUCGCCCUCUACGAAGGAGGUGGCCCCCAUCACACGAGACCAGGGUGAUCGACGCGUGAUAAAGUUGUAUCUGAAGUCGAAGGAAACAGGAAAGAAAUUUGCCAGCGUGGACUUUGUGUUCUACAACUGCAGCGUCCACCGAUCGUGUCUGUCAUGUGUAAAUGGAAACUUCCCAUGUUACUGGUGCAAAUAUCGCCACAUGUGCACGCAGGAUGCCAGCGACUGCUCCUUCCAGGAGGGACGAGUCAACACCUCUGAGGAGUGUCCUCAGAUCCUUCCCUCCACUCAGAUCUACAUCCCUGCCGGCAUCAUGAGGCCCAUCACCCUGCUGGCCCAGAACCUGCCGCAGCCUCAGUCUGGACAGAGGAACUACGAGUGCAUCUUCCACAUCCAGGGCAGCACGCACAGCGUCCCGGCUCUGAGGUUCAACAGCACCAGCAUACAGUGUCAGAAGACCACGUACGACUACGAGGGCGGUGACAUCAGUGACCUGCCGGUCGACCUCUCCGUGGUGUGGAAUGGAAACUUCGUCAUUGACAACCCGUUCAACAUUCAAGCUCAUCUUUACAAGUGCAGAGCUCUGCGGGACAGCUGUGGUAUGUGCCUGAAGGCUGACCCCAGGUUUGAGUGUGGCUGGUGUGUCGUGGACAAGAAGUGCUCCCUCAGGCAGGAGUGUAACGGUGGAGGAAACUCCCAUCUCUCGCUGCAGCUGGCUGACGGUGCAGGAUGGAUGCACGCCACCUCUGGAAACAGCCGCUGCACCCAUCCAAAGAUCACCAAGUUGUUCCCUGAGACGGGGCCUCGCCAAGGGGGAACCAGGGUGACCAUCCUGGGGGAGAACCUGGGUCUGCUGUUCAGAGACAUUCAGAUGGGCGUCCGGUUGGGCAAAGUGCCCUGUGUGCCUAUUGAGGAGGAGUACGUGAGCGCUGAGAGAAUAGUGUGUCUGCUGAACGACGCUACGGGCUACAGGGUCCAAGAGGCUCAGGUGGAGGUGUGUGUGAGGGACUGUGUCAACGACUAUAGAGCCCUGUCGCCGAGGCCAUUCACCUUUGUGACUCCAUACUUCACCCGUAUCCAGCCGUCUCAGGGGCCCAUCUCCGGCGGCACCAGGGUCACCAUCGAGGGAAGCAACCUGAACGCAGGCAGUUAUGUGUCCGUCAGCAUAGGACCACAGCCUUGCUACUUCAAAAAGAGGAAUGCCCGGGAGAUAGUGUGUGUGACACCAGCUGGAUUGGCAGCUGGCACUUCAUCGGUCUUGGUGGACAUAGACGACGCUGAGCUGAGAAACCCUGAAGUCAAGUUCAACUACACUGAAGACCCCACUGUCCUGAGGAUUGAACCUGACUGGAGCAUUGCCAGUGGUGGGACUCUACUGACAGUGAGCGGUACCAACCUCGCAACCAUCCGAGAACCAAAGAUAAGGGCCAAGUAUGGGCAGGCGGAAUCGUUUCAUAACUGCACGGUGUAUAACAACUCAGUCAUGGUGUGCCUCGCCCCAUCGGUGGCCGAUUCAGAGCUGGGAUUUUCGGAGGCCGGCACAGGCCCGGACGAGAUCGGCUUCUACAUGGACAAUGUGAAUGCUCUGGUGGUGGUGAACGAGACAUUCAGCUACUACCCCGACCCCGUGUUUGAGCCGCUGAGUCCCUCCGGAAUACUCGAGCUCAAACCCACAUCACCACUCAUUCUCAAGGGUCGUAACCUGAUCCCAGCGGCUCCGGGAAACAGUCGCCUGAACUACACGGUGCUGAUUGGAGAGACUCCCUGUGUCCUCACCCUGUCGGAGAGCCAGCUGCUGUGUGAAUGGCCCAACCUCACUGGACAACACAAAGUCACGAUCCGUGCUGGGGGGUUCGAGUACUCCCCUGGGACUCUUCACAUCUACUCAGACAGCCUUCUGACACUCCCCGCCAUCAUCGGCAUCGGAGGGGGCGGCGGCCUGCUCCUGUUGGUCAUCAUCGCUGUGCUGAUAGCUUAUAAGAGGAAGUCAAGGGACGCUGACCGCACACUGAAACGUCUUCAGCUCCAGAUGGACAACCUGGAGUCCAGAGUGGCUCUGGAGUGUAAAGAAGCUUUUGCUGAGCUUCAGACCGACAUCCAUGAGCUGACCCAGGAGCUGGACGGGGCUGGGAUCCCCUUCCUCGACUAUCGGACGUAUGCAAUGAGGGUCCUGUUCCCUGGGAUCGAGGACCACCCAGUGCUCAAGGAGAUGGAGGUACGGGUUCAGGCAAAUGUUGAGAAGGCACUGACACUGUUUGGCCAGCUGCUGACCAAGAAGCACUUCCUGUUGACGUUCAUACGAACCCUGGAGGCACAAAGGUCUUUCUCAAUGCGAGACAGAGGCAACGUGGCUUCUCUGAUCAUGACGGCCCUGCAGGGGGAGAUGGAGUACGCCACUGGGGUCCUGAAACAGCUGCUGUCCGACCUGAUCGACAGAAACCUGGAGAGCAAAAACCAUCCCAAACUGCUGCUCCGGAGAACGGAGUCUGUGGCUGAGAAGAUGCUGACCAACUGGUUUACAUUUCUGCUGUAUAAGUUCCUCAAGGAGUGUGCUGGGGAGCCUCUGUUCAUGCUUUACUGUGCCAUGAAGCAGCAGAUGGAGAAGGGACCCAUCGACGCCAUCACAGGAGAAGCCCGCUACUCCCUCAGUGAGGACAAGCUCAUCAGGCAGCAGAUUGACUACAAAACACUGACGUUGCACUGUGUAAACCCAGAGAAUGAGAAUUCCGCAGAGGUGACAGUCAAGUGUCUGAACUGUGACACCAUCACUCAGGUCAAAGAGAAGCUGCUCGAUGCUGUGUACAAGGGCAGCCCCUAUUCACAAAGGCCAAAGGCGUCUGAUAUGGACCUGGAAUGGCGUCAAGGUCGGAUGGCCAGAAUCAUUCUGCAAGAUGAAGAUGUCACAACUAAGAUCGACAACGACUGGAAGCGCCUCAACACCCUGGCUCACUAUCAGGUGACGGACGGCUCAGUGAUCGCCCUGGUGCCAAAGCAGAACUCUGCCUACAACAUCUCCAACUCGUCCACCUUCACCAAGAGCCUCAGCAGAUACGAGAGUAUGCUGAGGACAGCCAGCAGUCCAGACAGCCUACGAUCCAGAACACCCAUGAUCACGCCCGACCUGGAGAGUGGCACCAAACUGUGGCAUCUGGUGAAGAACCACGACCACUCGGACCAGAGAGAGGGCGACCGGGGAAGCAAGAUGGUCUCUGAGAUCUACCUGACCAGGCUGCUCGCCACAAAAGGUACGUUACAGAAGUUUGUGGACGACCUGUUUGAAACCAUCUUCAGCACGGCACACAGAGGCAGUGCGCUGCCCCUCGCCAUCAAGUACAUGUUCGACUUCCUGGACGAGCAGGCCGACAAACACUCCAUCAAUGACUACGACGUACGACACACUUGGAAGAGCAACUGUCUUCCUCUGCGUUUCUGGGUGAACGUGAUCAAGAACCCCCAGUUUGUAUUUGACAUUCACAAGAACAGCAUCACAGACGCCUGUCUGUCUGUGGUGGCCCAGACCUUCAUGGACUCCUGUUCAACAUCAGAACACAAACUGGGAAAAGACUCACCUUCAAAUAAGCUUCUCUACGCUAAAGACAUCCCCAACUACAAGAGCUGGGUGGAGAGGUAUUACUCUGACAUCUCCCGCAUGCCGGCCAUCAGCGACCAGGACAUGAGUGCCUACCUAGCAGAGCAGUCCCGCCUGCACCUCAGCCAGUUCAACAGCAUGUCUGCGCUGCACGAGAUCUACUCCUACAUCAUCAAAUACAAAGACGAGAUCCUCACAGCGCUGCAGAAGGACGAACAGUCGCGCAGACAGCGGCUACGCGGAAAGCUGGAGCAGGUGAUCGACACCAUGGCUCUGGCCAGCUGA